CAGUGUCAUGAUGAGGGAAAGCGCGACUUACGUUACUCUUAUGUUACUCGUGAGAUCACCUUAUCAGAGCGGGGCAAUCGGGUUCAGGCGGAGCUCUUGCACUGACUUGCGGCUUGCUGGCACAUGCGCCUGCCGCGAGGUGGACGACCGCUGGCUGCUAUACCUGGCCCCGGCCAAUUCGCUUCCCGUUGGACUGGCACCCAACUGCUCUCUUUUCUCACUUUCACAAACACAGCGACAGUAAGACUAUAGCUAUCAAAUGGCAUCUCCCUCAGUCGGCACUGAGCUGCAGCAGAUCAACGCGGACCCCGGACAGCCUACGCCGGGACAGGGUCAAGGGCGCAAUAGCUCUCACAUAGUAUCUGCUGAUCCUUCCGCUGUUCCACAACAUGGCGGCAUAGAAGGGGCAAAUGCCCAAAACGGCGGCGGCGAGAGUACUCCAUCCUUCCCAUGGGAAGUACCUUCCAUCGAGGUGCGUCAAGCGCUCACGUACCUGCUAUGAAAGCGCGUUGAACCUUACCACGAUACAGGAUCUCAAAAAGGAAUUUCGCGAGACCUAUUCCCAAGAAGAUAAAGAUGAAGCGCUGAAAUCGACGGUUGAAGUCGUCAAGCAGUAUAGCGACGAGAUGGUGAAGAGAUGGAAGGAAGAGAUAGACACCCUUCUCGUCUACGCGGGUCUAUUCUCGGCCAUCCUCACCGCGUUCAAUGUCCAAUCGUACAUCCUCCUCCAACCCAGCACCCCGGAUCCCACUCUUGCCGUAUUGCAGCAGAUCUCCCUCCAGCUCAACAGCUUUUCCGUAACCUCCUCUGGCACGCUCGUCAAUUCUACCCAUCCUGUCACCCCCUUUGCCCCCAUCCCGACGGCCCCGGUUGAGGCGUGGGCUGUGUGGCUGAACAGCCUGUGGUUCUCCGCGCUCAUCUGCAGUCUCGCGUCCGCAUCGGUCGGCAUCUUGGUCAAGCAAUGGCUGCACGAGUACGAGGCCGGCAUCUCGGGGACCUCGGUGGAGAUCGCGCGGCUGCGGCAAUACCGACUCAAUCACUUGGAGAAAUGGCGUGUUGCCGAGAUCAUUGCAAUUCUUCCGGUCCUGCUCCAGGUCUCCCUCGCAUUCUUCCUGGCUGGUAUACUCGUCCUUCUCUGGCACCUACACCCCACGGUCGCUUCCGUCGCCAGUACGCUCAUCAGCCUGCUGUUGUCGUUUGUGGUGGUCACGACUGUCAUGCCCGUGUUCUGGCGGGACUGCUGCUACCUCUCGCCUCCAACUACGCUCAUCAGCCUGCUGUUGUCGUUUGUGGUGGUCACGACUGUCAUGCCCGUGUUCUGGCGGGACUGCUGCUACCUCUCGCCUCCAACGUACGCUAUAUUCCGUGCUGUGCAUCGUAUCCAUUUCCUCGUCACAUCGCUUAGGAAAUUGUUCAAGGCACUGUACAAUUGUUGCGACGCACUCAUUGACCUCGAGUGGCUACCAGUCUUCAUUCGUUCGUGGUUCAGCGACCUCCGUCUUUGGGCUAUGCGUCAGGACUGGAAUACGGUGACAGUACCUACAUGGCGUGGUCGAGAGCGGACGGCCGUCCAAUCAUCCGCCUCCGAACUCGACGUCGACAUGAUCGCCCAGGCCUACUCCACCACCAUGAAUGUCAACUAUCUCUCCGACACGGCGGCGGCCGUUCUCGCAGACAAAGAUACCGAUGCUGUCGUCCGAUGUUUCGCCAUGAUCGCGGACAUCAACGUGCGACACUUCGGCCAUUGGCACGUCCGGAUGCGCUCUCCCAACUUUUGGGCUGGCGCGCUGAUCCAUGUGUCGCGAAAGGAGACGUGCAAAUCCUUGUUCGACCAUCUCAUCAUCUAUCGCUCUUGGUACCUCGGAAAGAGACAGUCGGAGCAUCAUAGUAGGCUCGUUCUUGCUUCGGCUGCUACAGUAGCCAAUGCAGACUCCGGUCCCGACGUGUGCAGACAGUCGCUAUGGCUUGUGGAGCACAUCCUCCGGUUCACACCCGCCGCCCUGGAGGCCAUGCCGUGGGGGGUGGUCCACCAUCUUGCGGCAGCGGCGGAAAUGCGGUUGCGUCAGCUGCUGCACCCCGGCCCCUCGGAUGGAGGGCCAGGUGAAGAGCCUGAGUGGGAUAGUACCGUCUUUCUGUGGCUGAGGAUACUGGUGAAGUGCUGGUUUGCGCCGGCCUCGCUAUGUAAGCGGACGCAAGAGGAGACUGAGGCGUCAACGGCGUGGGUAUUUGGAAUGGACUUCCUCCAGAAGGGGUCGAUCUCAAAGAUGGCUGGAAAGCUGUCGUGGUCGUACCCCGCCAAGGCCAUGCUGGAAAGUCUAGACAUCAUUCUCACAUAUCUGGGCGAGUCUGAAGAUGCUCGGAGGACCGCCCCUGGUGACUCUCUAGAGGCCAUAGGGGAACUUGUCGAAUAUAUCGAGGGCCCUUCAAGAAGUGCCGAUUUUUGGGAUGACGAAGACGUCCAGAAGGCAUUGAAGGAGCUGAAGCGCAGCUUGGAGAGAUGCAAAACUCUACGACUAGGUAUCGGAGCCGAGGAGGGGAGAAUUCAGGCUUCCCAGCCGAACCGGAUGCCCGGAUUAAGUGCAAUAUGUGAACGCCCUGAAGGACAGUGAGUCCAUAGUGGACACCGCGUGUCGUCUCUUCUCAGCCUCAAUCUCGCCCUCGUAUUCAAACGCUUCUAUACGUACCGUAGCGGCGCAGACAUUGCUUUGUCUGUCGUACAGUAUCCGUCAACACCUUCUCACUCAUACGAAAGGUCUCAUACACUCUCGUACCAUGUCGCGGGGAAACGCAUACAGCAUUCGAUGCUCUCUACUAUCUAUUACAGUGGCCUGAUUCCGAUACUGUCCCUAUAUUGUAUGAUAUGCACGAUGUCUGCAGUUGGGUGAAUGACCUAUGUAAUGCAUCUACCGUUGGCGCGUUCUGGCGGAUUCGCCAAGAAACCCG